GAGAGAAAGAGAAUUCAGAAUGGAAAGACUCACUGUUAUGACCUCUUAGCCAUCUGACGUAUCUUCCACAGCUGGUAUAUAUGAAUUGGAUUUGUCACCAGUCGUCAAUGAUUCAUACAACUAGUAAGAUGAAGCGUCUUGUUGCCGUGUCUACAGAUCAUCAUGAUUCUUUUAUAUAAUGGACUGGUCAUGGAGACAAUCGCUACCAUAAAGGACUGAGUUUCCUAAGUCUGCCGAAAGCUGAUGUUUUGCUAGAAAUGGAAAAUACCAACAACACUACGUAUUUAGACAGCUCUUACCAGAAGGAAAAUAAAACAGCAUUUCAAGACGUAGCACUAAGUUACCAGAUCAUAACUUCUCUGUUCCUGGGAGCCCUUAUUCUCUUUGCCAUAUUUGGGAAUGCAUGUGUGGUCGCAGCUAUAGCUUUAGAAAGAUCUCUUCAAAAUGUAGCAAACUAUUUAAUAGGAUCGCUGGCUGUAACGGACCUGAUGGUGUCGGUGCUGGUGCUCCCCAUGGCAGCUCUCUACCAAGUCUUGAACAAGUGGACUCUUGGACAGGUAACUUGUGACAUUUUUAUUGCUUUAGAUGUGUUAUGCUGUACAUCGUCUAUCCUUCACUUGUGCGCAAUUGCUUUGGAUAGGUACUGGGCUAUCACAGAUGCUAUAGAUUAUGUAAACAAAAGGACUCCGAGGCGAGCAGCUAUUUUAAUUAGCCUAACCUGGCUGAUAGGUUUUUUAAUAUCUAUCCCACCAAUGUUAGGCUGGAGAACUCCUGAAGACAGGGCAGAUCCGGAUGCCUGCACAAUAAGUCAAGAUCAUGGUUAUACCAUUUAUUCCACCUUCGGAGCUUUUUACAUCCCUUUGAUUCUAAUGUUGGUUCUUUAUGGGAGAAUAUUUAAAGCAGCCAGGUUCCGAAUUCGUAAAACCGUCAAAAAAACCGAAAAGAAGAAAGUAGCAGAAAGAUGCCUAACGGUCUCACCGGCUAUCUUACCCAAGAAAAGCAAUGGUGAGACCAGCAAAAACUGGAAGCGAAGUGUGGAGCCAAAACCCAAUUAUUGCGUUAAUGGAGCGGUGAGGCAUGGGGAGGAAGGCGCAGCACUGGAGAUCAUCGAAGUUCACCACAGCAACUCAAAAAACCAUCUGCCUCUUCCAAAUACCUCGACUGUAGCCUGCUUCGAGAACAGAAACGAAAAGAACACAGAAGCCAAAAGAAAGGUGGCUUUAGCCAGAGAGCGCAAAACCGUCAAGACCCUGGGCAUUAUUAUGGGAACCUUUAUUCUCUGUUGGCUGCCAUUCUUCAUUGUGGCCCUGGUGUUACCGUUUUGCGGUGAAAGUUGCUACAUGCCAGACUGGCUUGCCGCACUGAUUAACUGGCUUGGUUACUCAAAUUCACUUUUAAACCCCAUCAUCUACGCCUAUUUCAACAAAGAUUUCCAAAGCGCUUUCAAGAAAAUUAUUAAGUGCAAGUUUUGCAGACAGUGAAACAUCUGUGUCAUAGUUGCUUUCAGACAAGGAAUGGAAAACGCUUUGCCUUCAGACUAAAUAAAGUGACACUACUCUCUCGGUAGUUUCAUUUUCAUAUGUGGUUAAUUGUUUUUAAAUGAUACCAAUAUCUACCACGAAUAGACGAUAAUGAACGUGUCACAGUGCUAUGAGUGUAUAACAUGCAUACUACAAAACAAUGGGUUGGACCAGUUGCUUUAGAAACCCAAAGCAUGGACAUCCACAUAGAAAACUGCUUCUGUGUACUUUGUCCACGGCAUCUACAUUAUUUUAUCUCCAUGCAGGGUGUAUCAUUUUGUGUGCUGAAUUCUAAAAUGUAAUAACAUUGGUGGGUCUGGGAGUUUGCCAAAUUUACGCUGUUUUCUCAAUUACCCACUUCGAGUCAUAAUUAGUAUUGACGAAAUAAACCAUCUAAUGACUAAAUCCCUGUUUCUGUCUAAUUUUUUGGGAAAUAAUGGU